CGCUCUUUUCCCAGCAUGCAUCGCGAAAUUAUAUAGCCAUCUUGUCGGGAGGUGAAAUUUUUAGAUUUUCUGUUUCCGAAGUCUGCCAGUUAGAGUUAGCCACAAACUUUAAUUUCGAACCGUUUUCGUAGUUGUUUUGUUAGUAUGCCCGAAUCUAGUCGCCGAGUUUAGUGUCAUAGGUCGGAGGCGGUGUUUCAAAGCGCUCGUUCAGUAUGUGUUUGAUACUUAUAUGUAGGUAGAGUGAGAAGUGAGAGGCAGCAGGGGGAGUGAACGCAGCCGAUUCUACGACAGCGGCCUUACACACACACACACCGCCCUUCUGGAUCACCAGCAUAUGAGGAUAAGUUAAUAACCAACACGUCAUCUUUCAUACACCGCUCGUGGAGGUUGUUUUCGUCCGCCGUUCACGCGUCGAAAAUGCAACAGGAGAGAAGAGGAAGACUGAUGACGCACGAUCAUCUCGAAAAACUGUGAAAUUUCGGGUCCGGUGCCGCAACAGUCUGCUGUUUUGCGAAGUCAACAGCGUCUUUAAGGGGUCUCGGUGUCAUAAAAAGCUGUUCAGCAUGUCGAAGAUGCCGGCCAAGAAGAAGAGUUGCUUUCAGAUCACGAGUGUGACUCAGGCUCAAGUCGCGGCCAACAGCGCGACCGACGACACCGAGAGCCUGGACGACCCGGAUGAGUCCCGGACAGAGGACGUGUCCUCCGAGAUCUUUGACAUGUCCAGGACUGACUACGAGCCUGAGGUCUGUGACAUGAGCGCCUCGGAGGAGACUUUGAAUAACGUGUGUGAAUCAGAGGGGCAGUUGCCUGCUGCCGCCCCCGUGAACGGUGGGUCUGUCCCGCGCAACAACCUGGGUCACCAGGGCAUCCAGGCCUCUAGUGCUCAAACGGCAGGCACGUCUCAAGUCACAAAUUCAUCAAGCGUGACGACCGCAACCAGCUGCAGUUCACGCUUCAGGGUCAUUAAGCUUGAUCAUGGCACCGGAGAGCCCUUCAGGAGGGGCCGGUGGACCUGUAUGGAGUAUUAUGAGAAAGACCCGGAUGGCUCUGUGAUGAGCAGGACUGUGGAUAGUAUAAGGCACACCAAUGUGACGGAGCACUUAGCAGAUAGGGACAGUGGUCUCGGGGCCACCGUCGGCUCCGUAAUGGCUCAGGUGGCACCUGACGCAGGUAGCGACGGGUCAUCUUUCACCGGCCCGGGUUCCUGUUCACCGGAGACCUUUAGUAAUAAGCCGGUGCCUCUGUCUACUCAGCAGCAGGUGCCGGGAAACUCUCAUGUCACUGUCCCGCACAGUCUCCAUCCUGAUGGAGGACACCCGGGUGCCCACCUUCAGAAAUCUCCCAGCAUCCCUCCUCCUCAACUUUAUCAACCCCAGUCUAGUGCACACCACCUGCAAAGCCAACCGGCUCUGAUAUCAGCCAGUCAGCCCGAAUACACCCAGCGUAACGUGCCUACAGUCACCCAGACUCACCCCGGAGCAAGCCUUUCUGUCGGGCAUGCCGUCAGUCAGGGGUCAUCCCCCGUUCCCAUGCAGGUCCUGGGUACAGUAGAAAGCCCCGGAGUCCCUGGAGGUGUUCCUUUGCCGGUGUCGUCUGUCCCAAACCUGGUGCAGCAUGUGGGGCUUUUGAGCAGCAUCAGCCCUAUAUCAAUUCAGCAGUCACCAGUGGGCCAAUACCAGGCCUCAGGCUUGUCAACGCCACCGCAAAGCACUCAGAACAUGCCCACAGCACCAGGGACGGUCGGAGGAGGUGGCGUGCCAGCCUUGAGUUUGCUCUCUGCUCUGCCAGGAUCUGCAACAGUACCCAACCUUAAUACCUCCGCACACAGCCAAGUUCCCCGCAGCGGGACGGCAGCGGGCAUCGGCUUUUCUGCCAUGGGUUUCAGUCAGACGGAUGAGCCCAGCCAGAGGAUGUCUGAUGCGUCGGCACAGAUUCACAGGACAGAUAUGAUGAAGCCCUUAAUCACAGAAGGCCUGCAGUUGUCCAGUCCGACUGUUAACAGUCUUUUCGGAAUAUCCAUUCCCAUUGAUGGGGAGGACGACAGGAAUCCCUCCACAGCUUUCUACCAAGCUUUCCAGUCUGGCAGUAGGCUGAAGGACUCAAAGAUGACCUGUGAUAGUGCCUCUGGAGCAAGUGUGGUCGCCAUUGAUAAUAAAAUAGAGCAAGCAAUGGAUUUAGUGAAAAGUCAUCUGAUGUAUGCCGUGCGGGAGGAGGUGGAGGUGUUGAAGGAGCAGAUAAAGGAGCUCUUUGAGAGGAACUCUGUGCUGGAGCGAGAGAACGCUGUGCUCAAAUCUCUAGCCAACAGCGAGCAACUCUCCCAACUCGCCGUCCAGCCCAACUCCAACCCAUCCAACUCUCCCUCCCAGCUCGGGCCCGUCCCGGGUCAGUCCCAGGCCCAACCUCAGCCUUACCUUCAGCUAGACGCCAAUACGACCUUGGACUCCCUGCCACGACAACCACAGCCCAACGUCACCUCCGCCUGAAGCCGGUGCGAACGAUGUAUACAUCAUUACAACAGUAGAAAACCGGUCUCGUUCACUACUUCGCUGAGCGCGCGUGAUGUCGGUCAUCACGACGCGGGUGAGAGGAGUUUUCUGCUCGGGCGCAUGCCUGCGGACCCGCGGUCUCGAUCGGGGCUUCCGCACGACCCCCCCCCCCAUGGACGAGGUGGAGAGUUGUGAAGAGAGUUAUUUUUUUAAUAAAGAGAAUCCAGCCAUGAAAGCGGUGUAUUUUUUAGCAUUGCAGUUUUCAUGUUGCAAGAAGCGAGAGUCUAUUUUCAGAGCCACCGUACUUCACAUGAUUUCGAUUCACCUGUCAAGUUCAAUUGUACUGUUUGUUAUUUAUUAUAGGGCUGCUAUUUUCAGAGAGGAACAACGUCACAGAAGCCGAACAUUUUCGAUUCACAAACCCGACAGUAAAUUGGUCAUAAAUCCAAGCAGUCUUUACAAUAUCAAUCAUCAAUGCAACCAUAAACAGUGGGUAGAGUUCAAACACUAACAGCGAAGUUUCUCUGUGGAUAAAGAAUGUGAACCUGGCGUGAAUGUACAUUUUGUAUAGUAUAAAGAAUAAAAAGAGCGUGACAAGUUUGUACAGGUUUGCGGGUGAAGAUCUAAACUGAAUCCUCAAUGAUCUACCCUGAUGAAGAAUGCUUCAGUUCUGUUGCUAGUAUGUUGGGAAAAAGAAGUCAGUUGCCAUAUUCUCCUGCCCGCUAUACCCUAAUGUCUCAUGUUUUUGGGGUUGGGAAUGGGAUUUAAAAGAAAAAAAAAACUGUGAAAUUGUUCAACCUACUUUGUAACCAAAGAUGCAAAGCUGUGUAAUUAUUUUUUUCUUUUGUUAUGCACUCUAUGUACUUUUUUUUUUUUUUAAUGUUCCUCACAACAAAUCUUUUUGUUGCUUUUAGGCAUGUUCUGCAUGAUCUGUUAUCUGUAAAUGUCAAACCACUUUCAUACCUCAUUUUUGUAUUGGGCACUCAUAUUGUAAGCAGUCUGUGAAUGAUGUCAGCGGGGGAAGGAGAUAUGGAGGUGAUGGUGUGGAGGGAAAAAAAUGAUCUAGUGUGUGUGACGCACUAGCCACAGAAAAUGAAGUGAGCCAUGUUUUGUUCAUUUAAAUGGUGUUUGAAUUUCAUAUGCCAAUAGUUUUGUUACAUUGCAAAUUUUAAUGUAUUUAAAUAAAUGCAAUAUUCAAAUUACAAAA